UGGGCCAGGUCGGGAACAGCUGCUCCUUUUUUCCGUCAGCCCUGGCUCCGCUCCUCACGGCCUGGAGGACCCUGGUUAUUAUUGUUGUGACUUAAACCCAAACCCCUCUAAUUGCCUAUAAAAGCCAGCUGACUUCUUCUGUAACAAUGAACAUCAUCCUAUCCAGGGAUAGUCAGGCGAAGGUCAUGGAGAACACAGUGAACAAUGCGGAGAAGUACUUUGGCCAGUUCUGCACCCUUCUGGCCGCCUACACCCGGAAGACUGCCAGACUGCGGGAUAAGUCUGACCUGCUGGUUAAGCAGCUUAUCGACUUUGCCAACACGGAGAACGCUGAACUGCGCACGGCCAUGAAGAACUUUGCAGAGGAAUUAGCAAAAGUUCAAGAUUACCGUCAGGCUGAGGUUGAAAGACUGGAAACCAAGGUUGUCAAUCCCCUGAAGCUCUACGGAACCCAGAUUAAGCAAACCCGGGCAGAGAUCAAGAAGUUCAACAACGUCCGGAACAAUGAGAUCAAGCAGCUAGAGAAACUGGAGCGGCUCCGGCAGAAGUCACCCUCUGACCGCCAGACGAUCUCCCAGGCCGAGACCAAUGUUCAGAAAGCUUCCGUGGUUGCAAACCGGACCACCCACCAGUUGGAAGAGACCAUUGACACUUUCCAGAAGCAAAAAUUGAAAGACAUUCAGAAAAUUUUCUCUGACUUUGUAACCAUCGAGAUGGUCUUUCACGCCAAAGCCGUGGAGGUCUAUUCCAAUGCCUUCCAGAUUCUAGAAAACUUUGACCUGGAAAGAGAUAUAGAGGAUUUUCGAGCCAAGAUCCGUAUUGAUUAUGGAAACUAUGAUGCAAGACCAGUUGGGGCUACCAGCCUUCCCUCGCCUGUUCCAUGGUCCACGAGUGCUCAGAGCACACUGCGGAGUCCCAGGAGGCAGCAGCAGGAGGAGGAGGACGAGGAAGAGGAAGAGAGUGAAAAUGAAUCUGCACAGGAGGAUCCAGUACAGGACCUCAGGGAGAGAAGGGAGUCACAGGCUAGAAGAUAACCACAGUUAGUAAGUCACCAAAGCAGGACUUGGAAAUUUUAGCUGACUCUUCCUUGAAGAUGGGGAUGUCCUUACUGUGCUUUAGGUUGGUUAGAUCAAUCACUGGUAUUUAUUGAGCUCUUACUGUGUGCAGAGCACUGUACUAACAGCUUGGGUGAGUACAACGUAACCGAGUUGGUUAGGCUCUACGAGUUCGCUCUCUCGAAUUGUACAGAAACAGCACCACCUCUAAGAAUUGGCACAAGACCAUCUGAACUCAGAGAGUUGACCAGUCAAAAUCCACAACGGUGGAGUGGGCAGAUUAAGAUCCUGAAUUUUAAUUUGGAGCCAUUAGAUGACCGUGGAAUCCACUGGCAAUGCUGCUACUUCAUUAUUGUCGAGUCGUUUCUAAUUCACAGCGACUCCGUGGAUAUGCUUUCUCCAGAACCUCCUGUCCUCUGCCAUAAUCCGCAACCUUUCUAAUGGUUCUCCCGUUAAAGUUAUGGCCUCCAUCUAGCUGCCGGCCUGCCUCUUCCGUUUUCCCUGGACUUUUCCUAACAUGAGUGUCUUCUCCAGAGAAUCACUCUUCCUGAUUAUGUGUCCAAAAUAUGCUAAUCUAAG